AUGGUGGCACUGCCAUACUUGGACCAGUUGGUAGGAGGAGUAGUGGGCGGUGGUGGCGGCGGCGCAGAAGUUGGUGCAGAGGGCGAGGCUCCAGGGGCGGCGGCUAAGACGGUGAUGGCUAGCUUCUGGCCUGACUGGCAGUGGGUGCCAUAA